CCGGAGCGGAAGGAUGGUUGCUCAAGCUACAGCGCCAGUCUGAGACCCCUGACUGCACAUCAGCUCGGGAAGACGAAUACCGGACCUCACUAAUGAAGGUGUGGCAGAUUCGCUAGGAUCUGGUACCUCAACGGGGCUGUAUGUAGGACGCUUCGGUUAGGACAGUUCAGCGGAGGAAAUCCGGGAUGACCGACAGCCAACCGAAAGCAUCUACGCACCGAAGCAUGCACGCGGCCCGGUGGGCUUCUUGAUGUUGUGAACGAUAAUCGUGAAGCAAGACGCUGGACCUCACUGGGGACUCCGCUUUCUCCCGACGCCUCGCGGGGCCCAAGCCGUGCCUCAAGCGCGAGAGCAUGGGUCGGUGCGACGGGAGGUGCACGCUGGUGGUCAUCUGCUGCCUGCAGCUGGUCGCUGCAUUACAGAGGCAGGUGUUUGACUUUUUGGGAUUUCAGUGGGCUCCCAUCCUUGCCAAUUUCCUCCAUAUCAUUGCCAUCAUUUUGGGAGUGUUUGCAACUGUGCAAAUCCGCUCCAGAUAUCUUAUACUGUAUGCUGUGUGGCUUGUGGUCUGGGUUGGCUGGAACUCUUUUAUCAUCUGCUUUUACCUGGAAGUUGGUCACCUGUCACAGGACAGGGAUUUCCUAAUGACAUUUAACACAUCGCUUCAUCGUUCCUGGUGGAUGGAGAAUGGGCCUGGUUGCUUAGUUACUCCAGUACCUGACUCACCAUUGGCUCCUCAGGAUCAUCAUGUGAUCACUGUCAGUGGCUGCCUACUAGACUACCAAUACAUAGAGGUGGUCAGCUCAGCCUUGCAAGUGUUUCUUGCACUCUUUGGAUUUGUUUAUGCCUGCUAUGUUAGUAAAGUCUUACUGGAUGAUGAGGACAGCUUUGAUUUCACUGGUGGACUGGACUCGUAUAGUUACCAGCCUCCACAAAAGAGUUCUCACUUACAGCUGCAGCCUAUCUAUACGGCUGGAUAGAAACCAGAGGAAAAAAGCUGCUUAUCUCUGAGAGAUUAAGUCCUCUGCAUUGUGGGAAAUGUUCUACCAGCUUCAACGUCUGUAUCUCUUGAACUCUGUUUCCCUCUAUUGGAGAAAAUCUAUAGUGCAGCACCAGCCAGAGCUCUGGAAAGAGAGCAAGCAUAUGGACAGGUCCACAACAAGAUGCUUAAAGCCUCAUUGAGACAAGCAUUAUUAAAUAGGACUUGAAGACAGUAUCAGAUCUUGUGUGUGUGUGUGUGUUUGAGUACAUAGACCUUUGUAUAUGUUUGUGUAUUCACAAGGCGCCCAACCUUUGACCCAGGUGAUCUUUGAACACAUCCCGGAGCUACCCGUUCAGCUCUUUCUGGUGUGUGUGUGUGUGUGUGUGUGGGAGAAAGAUUGUUUAUACUCUGAUAUAAGACAAUAUAAUGUAAUGUGUUAGAUGAAUGUUUUAGGUUGGGUAGAUGUGUAUUUGGGGAAUGCUGUAGGACAUUAUGCAUGUAAAAACUCAUGACAGAGUAGUUGUGCCUCUGGCUGGCCCCCAUGCGUCUGCGUGCAUGAAUGUGUGUUUUUGAUUGUGUCAAUGUACACGGACAGCAAAUAUUGAUUUGUACACAUGCACCUAGCAUAAUUUGACUUGCCAUAAAUGUUUAUUUGAUCACAAACUUAGAAUGAAUGUAUGUUGAUGUACAAUACUUGUUCCAGGAAGGCUGUGUUUGUGUGAGUGAGAGAGAGGGAGUGUGUGUGUGUGGGUGCUAGAGGGACACACCUGAAAGUUGUUCAACAUAAUAAACUCUUUCUAGAUUA